AUGGAGGAAGAGGGAAAACCGACUGAGAAUACAGGUGAAUUAACUGAGGAUGAAGUUUCCAAAUGCUUAUCCAACCUGGGGCUCUCUGCAACUGGGCUGCAGCAUGUGUACCAGUUCCUGUCCAUACCUGGACGAAACCUGACUAACGUAUCCAUUCUUAGCAAUUACAUCCAUCUGCAAAAGCUUGAGCUUCCCUACAAUAGAAUAAAAGAUUUAUCCUGUGUAAGUCACAUGCCAUACCUCAUCAUACUAGACGCAUCUCACAACGAGCUCUCCGACUUCUUUGGAUUCAAACCACCAAAAAAACUCAAGGAGGUGAAUUUUUCUCGCAACCAGAUUUCAGAGAUGAAGGAUCUAUCAGCGUAUUCUUCGUUAACCAGACUGGUUCUCGACUAUAAUUCAUUCAGUGUGAUCCGUGGCCUGGAGCAGUGUGCCAGUCUGACUCACCUCAGCCUGGCCCACAACAAGAUCUCCCACAUCAGUGGCCUGGACAAGCUGCCACUUAAAGAGCUGUACCUGAGAGGUAAUCGGAUAAAGAAGAUUGAGAACUUGCAGACAUUGACAACUCUGCAGACCCUGGACCUGUCCUGUAAUAAGAUCCGAUGCCUUUCUGGUCUCCAGAGCCUCCACCUCCUGGGAACACUCAACCUUAGAAGUAAUCAGAUUAGUGACAUCAGUGAGGCCACACAUGUUCAGGAUUUACAUCUGCUGCGAGAGUUGAAUCUGCAGAGGAACCCUGUGGAGGACCAGCCUGACUACAGACUGGAAGUGAUCUUCAUCCUCCAGCACCUCAGUAAACUAGAUGAGCAAAGUGUAACUGCAGAAGAGAAGGUGUCAGCGGUGAACAAGUACAACCCACCCAUGGAGGUGGUAGCUGCCAGAGAUCACAUGACCCACGUGGUCUACCAGCUCAUGCAGCCACAGGUCAUCUUUAACAGCACCUUGCCUAGUUUUGAUUCUCCGUACCCUAUGCUGGUGCUGACUGGUCCUCAGGCAUGUGGGAAGAGAGAACUGGCCCAUAAGUUGUGUCAGGAGUUCAGUGAAUAUUUUGCUUAUGGUGCUUGCCACACCACUAGAGGGCCCUAUUAUGGGGAGGAAGAUGGCUCUGACUACCAUUUUGUCACAGAGGAGGAAUUUCAAAGCAUGGUUCACAUGGGUAAGUUUAUACAGACCGUGCAGUAUGGAGGGCAUUGGUACGGCCUGUCCUGGGAAGCCAUUGAGAAUGUGGCUAGAGAAGGGUUUGCCUGCUGUGUGCAUAUGGAACUGGAGGGUGUGCUCAGCCUGAAGAGCUCAUACUUUGAGCCACGCUACGUGCUGCUUAUCCCUACCAGUCCCGAGGACUACUCCAACUGUUUGAGAAGGCGUGGCCUCUACACCGUAGCCCAGAUCAACACUGCUGUUUCCCGGAUCCAAAUCUACAACCAGACCCACAGAGAACGCCCAGGCUUCUUUGACAGCGCCAUUCCCUGUGAUGAUCGUGGAGAGGCUUAUAAAGCACUGAGACAGUUGGUCAAGGAGUACCUGGGCCUGGAGGAGCAGGCAGGAGAAAACAACAUUCGAGUCACACCUGACAGCGCCUCCACAGCUGAGCUGAGUGGUGAGUCCCCUGCGGCAGGGAAGUCAGAGGUUGACAACUCAUUAGACUCGUACUACAAAAACUACCAAAACAAAGUUCAGCUCCAGCUCACCCAGAGGAAGACGCAUGCAGAACUGGCCUCCAUCCAAAGACGACAGCAGACGAUAAGAGAGGCUUUGAUGGGGAAGAGUCCAGGGGCCUAUAUGCAGCUCUUUAAGAGGUGUACUCACACAGUUCCAUCAUCAAUGGACUCUCGCUCACGGCCUGCUGUUGGUCGGCCCAUACUGGAUGCCAGUGAAGACAGCAGUUCAGAAGAAUCCUUGGCUAGUUCUGGCCUGUCUGUGAGGAGUUCUGUGGGGGCGUUCUCUGCUGGAAGUCCAGCUGAGAUUUCAGGCGCAGGCUCAGGGCCCUAUGUGGAGCCCUUGGAUGUGUCCUCACUGGGGCAGGAGCUGGAGUCCUUCAGAGACCCUACAAAGUCUUGCCUGACCCCUGACGUCCCACGGCCUGUUCCCGAGCAGGUCUCACCAACCUUGGGUACAUCACCAGCCCGCCCUGGCUCCAACGCCAAACGCAUCCUUCCCCCAAUCCCAUCUGGACGCAAGACGGCUGAACCAAGUCCAAAGCCCUGACGGCCGGCACAGACGGGCAGAGCAGAAGACAGGUGGAUGUAAGGGGAGGAAUUAGACAGGGAGGGAGUGAAACAGAAGUUGGAACAAAAUAAUUGUCUUUCCCUUCUUUUUAUUUUUGAUGGAUAGGGUUACAGAUGUUUCAUCUAAAUCACACAUGUUCUCUGUGUAACUCAUAAAACUCAUUCAACGUGCCUCUCCAUAUGAAACACAAUAAAGGACUUUCAGCUCUGGAAAA